GCCCCAGAGUGAGAGGCAGAGCUCUGCAGGGCUGCGCCAUGUCCCGGACUCCCGUCCUGCUGCUGCUGCUGCUCACCCACUGCACAGGCUGUGGCCUUCACCUGUUGCUGCAUCAGCCACCCACCACGUCUGCCCUCCUCGGAACCACCGUCCGCCUCACCUGCACCCUGAGCAGCGACCACAACAUUGGCGUUUACAGCGUCUUCUGGUACCAGCAGCGGCCGGGCCACCCUCCGAGGUUCCUGCUGAGAUACUUCUCACACUCAGACAAGAACCAGGGCCCCAAGGUCCCCCCUCGCUUCUCUGGAUCCAAAGAUGUGGCCAGGAACAGGGGGCACUUGAGCAUCUCUGAGCUGCAGCCCGAGGACGAGGCUAUAUAUUUCUGUGCUGUGGGACCUCAGUCGAUGUUUGUCUUCGGCAGCGGGACCCAGCUCACCGUCCUAGGUCAGCCCAAGGCCGCCCCCUCGGUCACGCUGUUCCCGCCCUCCUCUGAGGAGCUCCAAGCCAACAAGGCCACACUGGUGUGUCUGAUGAGUGACUUCUACCCGGGCGCCGUCAGCGUGGCCUGGAAGGCAGACGGCAGCGCCGUCACCCAGGGCGUGGAGACCACCCAGGCCUCGAAACAGAGCAACGGCAAGUACGCGGCCAGCAGCUACCUGAGCCUGUCCCCCGCCCAGUGGAAAGCUGGCGGCAGGUUCAGCUGCCAGGUCACGCACGAAGGCAGCACCGUGGAGAAGACAGUGGCCCCUGCAGAGUGUGCUUAGGCCCCGGCCCCACCGCCCUCGGGGCCUGGAGCUGCAGGGGCCAGGGGAGGGGCCUUUCU